AUGAAGACUGUUGCACCCUUUGCCAUCGCUGCCUUGUGCGCCGGAAUGGUCGUUGCCACUCCUCUCGACAAGCGCGACUAUGUGACCGAAAUCGACUUGUACACUGUGACCGUCACGGUAACUGGAUACCCACCCACCGAUACACCUGCACCCUCUGGCAGCGACUGGAAUAGUUGGAGCAGUUGGGGCGCAUGGCACGGCGGAAGUAGCGGGGACUGGAGUAGCGCGUCGCCGUCUCCUACCUCUGCGGCUCCUGCUGAUACACCCGCGCCUUCUCCAGAAACCCCACCUCCAUCGACCUCCGAUUCCUGGUCAGCCUCGACGCCAGAAACCUCGCCGACUCCUGCCCAAGCAGCACCAUCGCCCGCCUCCACCAGUGUCUCUUCGGACUAUCAGCAAGGAAUCCUUGAUUCGCACAACAUGCAUCGGGACAACGCGUCUGUACCGCAUCUGACCUGGAGUGAUGACAUGGCCUCGAUCGCCGCCCAGAUCGCCGCCAGCUGCGUAUAUGCUCACGACACCUCGACGGGUGGCGGUGGCUAUGGCCAGAACAUUGGUGCGGGAGCUCCCCCAUCAGAUAUCCCUGCCAUGAUCACCGAUGAGAUGUAUAAUGGGGAGAUCAACUUCUACCCGGCAUAUGGCGUGGAGCCGGACAUGACCAACUUCGAAAAAUGGGGUCACUACUCACAGAUUGUCUGGAAGUCCACCACCUCCGUUGGCUGCGCAACUCAGUACUGUCCCAAUGGCUUGGCUAACACCGGUGGCGAUGUCAGCCCUUAUUUCACCGUCUGCAACUAUAGCCCGCCAGGCAAUUUUGGUGGCGAGUAUGCUGCGAACGUCUUGCAACCCGGCAACAUGCCCACUGUCACGUUAUAA